AUGGCGAUGACAGCAGCAUGCCGUGCAGGCCUCUGCCAGAUGGUCGCACCAAUUCAGAGUCCUUUGGAAUUCCUCCUGGAUACUCUGAUGGCGGAGUUUGCAGAGUGGCGAUCGGAAGGCAAAUUCGAAGUGAUUUUCCGAAUCCUCUUUUUCGCCGACCCAACACUGUCAAGCAUGGCAGAAACCCGCCGGCUCGCUUUGGCUCAUAUCCAUCGGCGCCGAACUGAAAUUCGAAAUUACAAGCCCCUACCACUCCCUUGUAAGCUCCCUACGCCGACAAUAACGACACCUCUCCCAUUGAAAGCAUACCAGGCGAGAAUCAAGACUCUGCAUUCGCAGAUCUCCCACAAACUGGAGGAAAUCAUAGCCGCGGAGGAUAUGUUCGACAUGGACGGAGUCUCCCAAUGGCUGGCCGAAAGCAAGCAGAGGCACAGACUCAGCCUCCCCGUCGUGCGCGCUUUCGUCGCGAAUCGCAUCCUUCGGCAUCAGGAAUCUCUGCAAGACUACCUGGCUUUCUUCCCACAAAAACAGGGACACAUCCCAUCGAGAUUCUCCAUGACCGCAAGACUGUACGUCCAAGACCACGUUUCUCCCGGAAAUUUCGCUUUCCCGCCUUCCCUCGUGCCGCUCCUGCGCAUCAGCGAUCCGUCCUACGUCCGCCACGCCCAGCUCUGGCUGCAAGGCGGACCGCUGGAGAGCAGGAGCCAAGAUGCCGCGACGCGCCGGCUCUACGUCACGAAUCUCCUCUGUCGGAGGCUUCUCGAAGAGCAGAAUCCCGUGUCUUCGUGGUCGGCGGAGGAAGGGCAUCGCCCUGCCAUUCCGCUUUUGGAGGUCAUACCGGUUCCGAGAUCCGGGAUUCCCGCUCUGUUGGCCGAGACGCAGACCUGGGUGAAGGAGUCUGCGCUGGAGAGGGCGAUGAGGUUGAUGGCGUUUGAUUAUGAGGGGUAUCGGGCGGAAAAUCGGUUUUUGAUCCGGGAGGAGGAGGAGGACGAGGAGGAAGAGGAAGAGGAGAGGGGUGAUGGGGCGGAGGAUGCAGGGUCGGGGGAGAUUGAGGCUGAGGGGCAAGGAAGCAAUUGUGCGGAUCUGCGGGAAGGGGAUGUUGAGAUGCAUGAAGCAGGUGCUGAGGAGGAUGGAAUUAUCCUCCCUGCUGGCUGGUGGGAAGGGUGA